CAUGCUCUAGAAUGCCAUAAGCGCCGGGUAUUGCAGUGUAUAAUAAUUUAUCAAAUUUAACCGUUACGAAAGUGGUUUAAAGUGAGUUUGUUAUUCUAGUGCCCGAGGUACAUAUAAUACCAUGGAUUCGUCUAUAGAGGAUUCGUUCGUGGAUGACGAACUUUUCGUAGGGCCCGCAACUACAGAGUACACAAAAAAAUUGUUACUUUCCAAGCCCGACCUAUCAGGCAUCUCUCGAAGAAAGACGUUUUCAGGAAAGCCAACCCCAGCUGAUGACUUAACAGAUGAGUAUUUGACCCCUGACAGCACCAUCUCCACAUCAAAUGCUAAUUUUCUAGAUAAAAUGAGAGCUAUGCUUGAUGAACCAUCUUCAUCAAAUACUUCUUACCGGACGGCAUAUGACAGAACUGUAAAUGAUGAUUCAGUAGUGAAUCGCCGAAGUUCUUUACCAAAAAUAUCCGAUGCAACUUUAAUUAAUGAAAUGGAAACAUUAUCACUGUUGACUGUUCAUAAACAAUUAGAUGAUAUUGUGAUAUCUGAUAAUGAAAUUGAUGAUGACUUCCUCAGAUAUCAGGGAACACAAAUUAAAUAUGAAAACAUCUCAGCAGUUGAUAUUGAACCAGAGGAUGAUGAUACAAAUAACACUUCAGAAUAUAAAGAAAAUCAGAAUCAAGAUGAUGGCAUUGAAAGUGCAUACUCUCUAGAAUCUAGUUAUGAUUCUUAUAAAGAUAAAAAUGAUUACCAGGAAUAUGAAAGAAGUUAUAAUGUGCCUGAUAUUAGCAUUGCAUCAACUCCCAACACUUCUCAAUGUUCCAUGAAACCUACGAAUUUAAUUGACAUCAGUUGUUCAACAAAUUCAAGUUGCGACUCAUUUAAAGAACCUAAGGUGAUCCCAUCAGCAAUUCCACGUAAACGAGGAUUGUUAAAAGCACCGCAUGCACCAGUGAGGGAAGUACUCAAAGUGAAAAAUACAUACGGCACACCAACCAAUCAAGGAUUCCGAAAGCCUACACCCACGAAAUCAGCGGAUAAAUUCAAGCAUGUGCAAAGCCCUGUCAGGUUCUACAUCAAGCACUCAGCGACGGCGCCGAUUUGCAGGAAUGUCCAUACAACUAAGCUCCCUACCAUCUUACCAGAGUAUUUCUUUGAGGACGUGCCAGAUCUCAGUAAUCGAUGGGAGUUUACCAUCCCUGAAAUUAUUUAUAAGCCGUCCGCGGUGCAGUAUCAAUCGAGGGAGAAGGAAAUUCAUCUCCCGCAGAACAUUAAAGCGCUCAUGCCGACCGUCGCCGAUAUGUACAUGACAAAGCAUGAGACUCGCAUCAAGGGCAUCGAGGAAUCGCAGGAGAGCAUUAGGAGGAAAUUAGAUGAAGACAUGGACCUCACUAUGAUGCCUGCAUCUUCCACUGCAGAGCAGGACAUUUCAAUAAUCCAAGUCAAACCCUAUUUUUAAUUGAUACAUCAUGAGCAACAAUGUUUUUUUUUAUUUAUACAUAUUUUUAUUCAGAACAAUUAAAUUUUCAUUCAUGUAGUCUUUAAUGUGAA